AUGGAAGCUGAGUACGCCCUGACCCAACGAUCAAGCGAAGAGGAGGAUGAGCUGCACCGUAGUGUAAAGAAGUUUAAAGAUAGCCAUGGAUCAAGAAGCCUGUCUCAACCGAGACUGCCUGUCAGCUAUAAGGACACCCUUGUGGGUGAUAUCCCUGGAGCUUAUCAGCAGGCCUUCCAGGUAGAUAAAAUCUGGGAGGACAGCUAUGAUUCAGAUUCAGAACUAGAGCCUUUAGUUGAGGGGAUGGCAGAGGUCACGCUAUCAAAAGAAACUAAGGCACGUAUUAGAGCUCCAUGGGUGAAGGCUUUGAUCGUGAAAGUGUAUGGUAAGUCUGUGGGUUUUAAUUACCUUACUUUCAAAAUCAAUGCCUUAUGGAAGCCUAUAGCUAGAAUGGAUUGUGUCAAUUUGGGAAAAGACUAUUUUUUAAUCCGGUUUAGUAAUGAUGAGGAUUAUGAUAAGGUGUUGCAUGGUGGACCUUGGUUUGUAGGGGGACACUUCCUUGCUAUUAAACCUUGGGAGCCAUAUUUCAAAGCUUCUGAGGAUAAGCUUACCUCAGUAGCAGUGUGGGUGAGGUUUCCUGAACUUCCAAUUGAGUUUUAUGAUAUCUCUGUUCUCAAAGAAAUAGGAAGUGUGAUUGGCCCGGUUUUACGCAUAGACUCUUAUACUGCAUCUGAGACUCGUGGCAGUUAUGUGAGGCUUUGCAUCCAAGUUAAUUUAGAUAAGCCUCUUAUUAAGUCAAUCCGAAUAGGCAGAUUAGUUCAGCAAGUGUUGUAUGAAGGCAUAUCCACUCUUUGUUUUUGUUGUGGAAGACUGGGACAUAAGCAGGAGAAUUGUUGUUACCGCAUCAAGCCUGUGACUAGAGAUGGUGAGGAACCUACCUCUCCUAAACCUGUCAAUCACUCGGACAAUGCCCAGUCCGAAAUGAACUAUGGGCCUUGGAUGGUUGUGUCUAGGAAAAGAAGCCCGGUUAAGUCUGAAGAGGGCAUGGGUCUACUAAAAUUAGUACUUCUACAGGUAAUGAUUUGA